ACCUCAUAGCAGUCAGUAACCCUUCGAAUGAUUAAUAAAAAUGUAUUGAUAAUGUUAUUUUUUAUCGAACGUUCCCAAAUUCCGUCUGAAUUUUGGUAGGCAUUACAACAGUUGCGUACGAUUUAUACGAACCUAUUUGAACGUUUGCUUUGCUUUUUUGGGGGAAUUUUCGUCCGUUCGAUUCGUAAUUUGGCUGCUGCUGACCCUUCUGGCCUUCUAAGAUGCCAACGAGUACAUUUCAUCGAACCGUUUUAUUGGCCGUUCUAUCGACAAUUUGGGUACAGACGAACGGACUCCAUUUUCCCGAACGUUUGAAUUUCACUGAACUGCUCUCGAAACCGUACUUCGUCGAUAAAAGCGAACUUUUGAAAGUUUUCUUGGAUGGAUCUCAGUUCAACUUGGUAACAUGUCCGAGACGUUUCGGAAAAUCAGUCAACUUGCAAAUGGUGAAAUUAUUCACCGAAAUCGAACUGGACGAGAAUCAUUUACCCAAGCAUUACACGAAUACUUCGGCUUAUGAGAUAUUCAAAGACAAGAAGAUCUUCGAAAACAUCACUUUCGUCGAAGAGCACAUGUGCAAAUACGUCGUCGUUCACGUAGAUCUGUUGUACAACAAAACGGUGAAGAAUUUCACGCACGAUGUAGCUCUGCAAUUCAUAAACGAUAAAUUUUACGACGCUUUCUCGAAAUUUUGCUGGAUACUGGGUAUACCCAAAGACCAGUUGUUGGCUCGUGGCUUGCAAGAAGACGAAAUCAAAUUUUUGGAUCGAAUAAAUCAUAAGAAGAUCGUCGAACGAGAUUUACAAGCUUCGCUGAAGCGACUGGGCAGAAUAUUGAGGAAGUUUUUCGACGCCAAGAUGAUCUUCUUGUUGGAUAACUACGAUAAUGUCAUGUGGAACGGAUUAAGCUCGGUUAGAUACGAUAUCGAGACAUUGUACGUUCAGCUGGGCGAAGUGAUAAAUGGUAUCUUUAUACACUCGGACGAUUUGGUUUACACUGGUAUGAUUUUCAGCACGAGUAGAAUAGUACUCGGUGUGAAAGACCUGUAUUACGAGAAAGUCGAACAAAAUCUAUUCUUAGAAAAUCAUAAAUUCAGCAAGUACUUCGGGUUCACCGAACUCGAGGUCGAAGCUAUCCUGAACAAAGUCCAUAACAACACCGAAGACCCGAAGAAGCACAUGAUGGAGUAUUACGGAGCGUAUGUGACCAAGGAGAAGAAAUUACGUAUUUAUAGCCCCUUCUCGGUGACCCAAUAUUGUGAAAAUGUCGCCGAAAACGAACCAGAACCUAUACAAAAUUACUAUAUUCACACGGAGAAAGGAGCCGAUGAUUUGUACAUGACGCUGUUUAGGUUUUUGGAAUUUCGCGACCUAGCUAAUGUGUACGCUACUAAUGGUAGUUUUGAAUUCGAACCGGUCGAUAAAUGCACCCAAGUGGAUUUUUCAAAUUUCCUCGGACUGGUAGAGAAGGUGAAUGAGAAAAUGAAACGUUACGAUUACAAUUUAUUAAUGACGUUCGCGAUGGAAGAAGGUCUCAUAGGAUUCGCGUUCAAUAGCAAAGGUAGCAAGUACAAGUGGCCCAAUUUGGAAAUCAGAAACACGCUGAAGCUGACUUUACACAAGUAUAACGUCUUCUUGGAUCCGAGUCAGUGGGGUACUAAGAACGAUACCGAUUUUUUUAUAAAUUGUACAACGAUACCUGUGUAAGUGUGUAGAUUUAAAUUUCACGAGUACGAGUACAGCCUCUUCUAGUUUUCCCUAAAAUUACCUACGUACAAAAUAUUAAGUAAUUUAUUCGUUUCUUAUGAUGUAAUUUUUCAGUAUUUUAAUGUAAAAUUGGUUUUUUAUUAUGUAAAUAUCUCUUGCAUGUAUUUUAAAAAAAAAAUAUGAUUUCAACUAAAA